GAAUUUGAAGUCGUCUCCAACGCGUAAUGGUGCAAACAAUCACGUCUGCCAUGGCAUGUGGUUAACACUUCAUUUUAUGCAGAAUAUAAUUACCUACAAAAACCUGCUGCUUGCAUUAAGGAUGUAAAUAGAGCUCUUACUGUAUGCAAGAAAAAACAGUAAACACGAUGCUAACGCUAGGAUACGACAAAAUCCAUCACGAUCACACACACAUGCACUCAAACACGAUUCUGAUGACCUCAAAAUCAAUGAUUUCAGUUAUUUUGCUUUGUGUACAUACACAUUGCAAAAUAACGAGGCGACUCUUCCACGCCACCAGAGCCAACUUCAUCCAUCUCAUCAACAAACAAGGCUUUAACCAGAGCUAUGCAGGACAAAAUGGUAACCAAACCAUUGUGUUGCAGCCAGGUUCAACAUUUUUUGGCCUGACUGGAGUCUGCAGUUUUUCAUUGUACUGUAGUUGGAACACGGGCUGGAUGUUGUUGUUUUUUUCCUUUUCUCUAGCUGCAAUGUACGGCAGUGGCUCUUACUUUGCAGUGGACCUGGUCUACUCGGCACAAGGCUACGCCAAGCCCAACGCCAUGAGGCACAAGCGCAUGUAUCUGGCCAGGAUCCUGGUCGGAGACUUCACCCAGGGUAGAGCUGGCCUGAUCACCCCGCCCGCCAAAAGCUCUAGGAAUUCUGCAGACCUGGUGGACACUGACCAAAACCCAAUGAGUUUGCAGUGUCCUUUGCAGCAGUGUGAGGAGGGGUUUAUAUCCUGUGACACUCACACAAAACAGAAGAUACAAGAGAGGCUGCGUAGCUCUUCGGAGAUCUCCCACAGCUACAACCAAGUCAUGAAUCAACCUGACUCAGUUUCUCGCUACCAAAUCCCACAAAGAGCGGUUGAUCAUAGCACACAGUAUGACCACCAGCAGAUCCUCAUUAUGCAGGAUGACCCUACUGUCAGAAAAGCUGCUACUUCUCUUUAUGAGAAACGUCCAGCAGUUACCUCUGUCUACGUUCUUGAUAAAAACCAGAGACCCAAACUGAUCCAGGGUGCCUCUGUGCCUCUGUCAGAGGACAGCAGACUGACGCUGGUAGGCCACGGCGAGAGAGACAGCUCUGGAGAGACGAGACUGGCAGCGUACACGGCUCAAGACGUCGCCAAAAUCAUUCAACGAACCUUCAGGACGGGCGAUAAAAGUGUGGUGGCCUGUGAGGUCGGAUCAGAUAAAGAGUUUGUUGAAACCCUGCUGAGGGAGCUCCGUGAGACCGCCAACAUCGAGACAGAGCUGCACCUCAGGAGUGCUGUGCUGCAGGUCAGACACACAGGAGAGAUCAUCACCCAAGAGAUCUCUAAGGAAGGGCUGCGAUGGAGACAUAAUGAUGAUAGCAAGAAGGUGGUGGCAACCCUCGAUAGGAACGGAGACGUAAUUAUCAGAACUGAGCCUGGCAGGAGAGGAGAGGUAGUUUUUACUAAUGAGAGAAACUUUCUAAUGGGCAAGAAAAAGAACACACAAAAAAAACCUGGCGGUAAAGGAGAGGCAAGUAAUACUCAAGUUACCUACAGAAACAGCUGGCCUGAUGAGCCACAGAUAUUUAUUGACCAGGAUGUUUAUAAAAAUUUAAACAGUUAUGUAAAAACUGGUUGUAUAGAAACUUCAGCUCUGUCCUGGAUUAUCUUUCAUGAAAAACUGCCACUUCCAGAAAAAAUAAAUACAGAAAUUUUGAACUUAAACAAUUUUGUAAUAGGGGAAAGAAUAAAAAAAAAGAUAAUAAGAUAAUAAAUAAUAAAGAUAAUAAGAUAAUAGAUAAUAAAGAUAAUAAGAUAAUAGAUAAUAAAGAUAAUAAGUAUGAUAAAGUGGAUAGAGAAUGAGCAGAACAUUAAGCAUCUUCUUUCGAAGUGUUAUGUGAUUAAAUCAGGAAGAGAUGUCAGAAGUAUCAUCCGUCAUUAUGCAAAGGAUGGAGAAGAUAAAAUCACAUACCUGAUGGUCAAAGACUGGAUAUACGCUGUUCAUCCUGUAAAUCUGUAUAUACAUCUAGUUGGAAAACAGUUUAACCAUGAAAAAGAUCAGAACAGAUGGGAAGCAGUCAAGAAAUGUAUUGAACACCAGGUGAACAUGGAACAAUAUAAUCAGAUUCGAAGUAACAUUAAUGAUAAAAAACAUAAAUUAAUAUAUACUAAAUAUGUGAAAGGUAUUUUACUUGGACAGCACAGAGAGAAUCUUAAGCUAUCCAUUGAAACGGAGGCCUGGUACACCACAUAUUUCAUUGCAUCAGUUAUAGCUGAAUCUGCUAGAAACUUCCGGACAUUUCCUCUGACUCUUAUGGCUCUGGAUAUGACUGAAAGCGAACACCAAGGCAAAUCACUGGAGUUUUUUUUUGAAAAGCAUUCAAUGGCAAGAGGAGGUACUUGGAUUGACCCGAACCUACGAGGAUUUAGAGGCUCAGCAAAACUUCCACCAGAUGCUUCCCCUAGUAGUAAGGCUAAACUUAAAGAAGUCCUAGACAGAGAAGGCGAUUUAUAUAAUUUCUGGAUAAAUACAAAAGAUAAUGCAGUAUUGGAUGAUGAAAAGGUAUUCGAGAUUGUAGAAAAAUUCAAUCUAACUGAAGGUGAUUCAGCUGAAAUUGAAACAAUUGUCAAAAAUUACAGCGAUUUCAAAACCAAAAUAAACAGUGGACCUUCAGCAUCUGGCCCAUAAUGGCGGCUACGCAACUUAGUGUUUGGUGUGCACAUGUUGGAGUUGAAGCUUUCCCUGGUAGGAUGAAGGAACGUUUCUCCUUUGGGAUUCGUUCAUAAAUCCUUGGUAGUGUUGCAGUGAACGCGGUUAGAGCAGUUGUCUCGGGGGCACAUCCCUGGAAACGAGGGGGGUUGCUGUUUAUGCAGUUGCCUUUCUCGCUCCAGUGUUUUUCAGUGCAUAAGUACCCACUGUAAGUAACUGCAUGAAGACUAGGGUUGAGGUUAAUAAGUUUCUGGGUAGGUAGUUAGUGGGACGGCUCUGAUUUUUAUAAUUUUUGCACACCUGAUACUAUCUUGUUAUGGCCGCUGUUGCAGGUUUCUGCCUCUUAAAGGAAGUUUUUCUUUGCCUCUGUCUCCUAGUGCUGCUCUUGGUGGGAACUGUUGGGUUUCUUUAAAUAUCAUAGAGUACGGUCUAUUCCUGCUCUUUAUGAAAAAGAGCUGUGUGAUAACUGUUGUGAUGUGGUGUUAUAUAAAUAAAAAUGAUUUGAAUUGCUUGAU